CAGCAGCAGCAGCAGCAGCAGCAGCAGUAGUGGAGGAUCCCUCUGAUUGGCUGCGCAGGGAAACGAGCUCCUUCAGCCCACCCACCGCUGAUUAUAGGGGGGACUCUCGCUGUCUCACUUUCCUUCCUUGCAUUGAGUCUGGGACCUGGCCCUGGGGCUGAACGGCACACACAGAGCGCACAUCAUGGCAGCUACCCAUAGCGAGUACAGAGGCUACCUGCGGAACACUGUCGACAUAGAGACAGGGCCGCACCGCUUCCACCCGGUGCAGAGCUCGGAGCCCACUUAUCGGCCGCUCCUGUUCGGGACCCUCGCUGUUAUGGGAUUGCUCCAGGUGGCUUCCAGCGUGGCGAUCUUAUUACACCUGACAGGUUAUCUGCAGGAGGUAGAUUUGUCUGCAGCCCCACAUCGGCCCAUAGAGGAAGUACAGACGGAGCCAAUGGUGAACGCCCUGAGAGACCCAAGAAAAAACCGACGGUGCAAAACUCCAAAAGAGAGCCUUCCAUCAGCUCAUCUACCAAUUAGAACAAAUCAAGAGUACUCAAAGAAGGUCGAGCAGAAGGCCAUCACCAUUGAUUGGGACGAGGACCAUGGAUACCGCCACAGAAUGGGCUACCAAAAGGGGAAACUUCUGGUGAUGGAGUCCGGUUUCUACUAUGUUUACGCUAAGAUCUGCUUCCGCUACUACAAGUUACCACAGAAUGUACCAGAGGACAGCACUCAGGUUGGGGUCCAACCAGUGGAUGUUAGCAACACCCAGCUUAUCCAGUAUAUCUACCACGAGAGUAUCAAACAGAACAGCAAGGCUGUAGUUCUGAUAAAGACGGGCAGCACCAUGCGCUGGAACAUCACAAGCUACAACAUGUACUGCGCCCAGCAGGGCCGAGGCGUUCGCUUGGAUGAGGGAGAUGCCUUGUUUGUCAAUGUGUCCAAUGCUUGGAUGCUGGACCAGGAGGGAGAAGGGACGUAUUUUGGGGCCAUAAAGUUGGGUAACUGAAAUUAAAACGUGGGGAGCGGACAUGCUACUGAACAUUUGAUAUGCCAAAGAACCACUGUUAGUGAUUUAUAAUGUUGAUUUGUCAAAAAAGUGUAUUUUUUUUAUUGUACAUCUGUUGUUGUUUUUUUUUCUGUUGCUCUUCGCCAAAUAGCCUUGGACCUGAUGAAAAAGGUAGUUGCCCCCACCACCAAAAAGGAACUAAAAAGAAACACAGCUCUCUUUCAUCCAAGUAGCACUGGACUUUUUUUUUUUUUUUUUAGACAUUUUUGAAGUAUUGCGGUUUGUAUUGUGAAAUUCCAAUACAUUUUUCAGAUUACAAUAUUUAGACUUGAGCCUAGACAUGUUUUUAUGCACUAAUUAAACAAACCACAAGGGAGCGACUAAGGAAGUACGUUUUGUUGGCAGUAAUUCCAGCGAGAAAGGAUUUAUUAAUGUUGAUUGUUGGAAAAAAAAUGUCAAAAACAGAACAUUGUAGCUGAUAGAGCAUCUGCUUGUACUCUGCAGAUUAUCACAGAAUAAAAACAACAUAACUCCCGCGGUGUGACCUACAGCAGUGAAUGCACAAAUGUUUUCCUGAAAGGUUUUGAAGUGUGAACAAGGCGAGCAAUGAGGCAUCCUCACAGUAAGUAAGUCAAAGGUAUGAUUGAAAUAGGCAGUUAGAUGGUGAUUUAUAUCACUCUUUAAUCUCUAAGGCACCACUGAAACUUAACACCAUGAAAAAUUUACUUCAACUAUGACAUUGUUUUUUUUUAAGCAACAAAAGCAGUUUAAAAAGGUGUGUGUGUAUGUGUGUGUGUGUGGGUGUGUGGGUGCGUGCAUGUGUGUGCAUGCUCCAAAAACUCAUGUUAUCCAGUUUGACUGGCCUGCUUCAUGGAGGGCAAUCACAUGACAAUGUCAUUUUAAACUGUCAUUUAAAGGAGGGAAUGACAUCUGUUUCUUACAUUAAUGUCAAUCAACAAGCGAUGCAGAUAGCUGGCCUGUCUGACCAUAAAUGACACAAAUAGACUCUUGUCUUCUUUAACUAGAGGGACCAAAUUGAGUUUGGUUCAUCUUUAACUUAAAUUUUGUUUUUCAUUUGGCUCUUCAGUGAGGUAAAUGGGAAUAUGCACUAAAUAUUUAUUUAUUAGCUCUAGAAGUACAGAGACAGGUCAUUGUUAAAGUGACCUUUCAGCUGUAAAAAUCAAUUAUAUUUUAUGUCUGUAUGACAUUCAUUAUGCAGCACUUAGAGCAAAUAGUAGACACGCUUUUUGUUAUUAAAACACAGGGGCUUCAUUUUAAAUUCCAUAUUUAUAUAUCUUGACUUUGACAAUUCUGUGUGCACUUGCUUAGCCAAAAGCAAUAUGGAUAUAUGGUUUCUUCUAUGAGAUUGUAGCAUACCUGUAAGAUCUUCAUCUGAUUUGACAGUUUUUUUCCCAUUCAGUGUCUUUUUAUUUAUGUUUGUAUGUUUUAAUAAAAAACUACUUUUGUAACAGUGUUUCAUGUGUAUUGACAUUGCCCAGUUCAGGCUGGUGUUGCUGUUUGCAGUGAAGAGGAUUAAACUUCACAGGACCAGGUCGCAGUCUUACACUGUAACCUGACAAACAGGACACCCCGAAUGUAAUGUUUUUGUAAUGUGCAAUUUGAUAAUCUCCACAAUCUUUGGAAAAUUCAACACCACUAUGGCCAAAGAGUGAAGUCACCAUGUUCCUUUACCCUGCUGCAACUGCAACCCCAGUCAGAGCAGCCCACCAGCUCAUUACAGAGAUGGGUUGUAUAGAAAAACCGCCCACUGUUGCUGCAGUGCUGCUAACUCACAGCAGACAUUUGGACCACAGCAGCACAGAGCGACCUGCAGAAUAAACAAGAAACAGACUGCACUGGAUGGGAAUAAUGAUGAGAAUUUCAUUACUUCACUGUAAUGUGUGUGAGCCGUUUUGAUCAUUGUGGUGAUGGGUCUCCCAUGAAGCCCCAUGGCAUGUGCAAGAGAAAAACUGUUUUAAUGUCGGACCCGAAGCCAAACAAUUCCUUUAUUGUCUGUACAUGGGCGUUCACCAGCAUAUGGCCAGAGAAUGGUUCACACGUUUGUGCUGUAUGCAGGGACCUCACACGGCUUUCAGCUCAUUGUUCAAACGUUACUGAGAGUUUGAAAUAAAAGAGUUUGAGGAGAAAUACUUGGCUGAGGUGUAUGAGGAGCUGAUUAGUUUUUGAGUUUUACAUGAUUUUCAUUGCCAUAUUUUCUGGAGUAUAAAACACUGAAGGAUCCGACUGCA